AUGACUGUCAAAAAGGGGUUGCGUCCGGUGUCUCCUGUCCAUGUCCAUGUUGAAAGUGAUCUUCCCAUUUCUCUUGCUCAAGGAAAGGUUAAAAAGGACAACUGUGGUGUACACUAUGGGGAAGAGAAUCUCCGGAGCAAACAUUUUAGAUCCAGGAGCUUAUCCCAAACACGAACGAGAAGUAAAAGUCCAAUUCUGCAAGGUCCAUGGAUUCCACCACCUGCUAGGACUUCAAAAGGAACAAAGGCAUAUCAGGAUGAUUGGAAAGAUCGGUCAAUAGAAGAAUCGGAUGACUACAGCAAGGUACAAACACAAAUCCACAACUAUGAGAAGAAGAUAGAUGAUCUUAUGUCCGAAGUAGGAAGCCUAAAAAAUGAGGUGGAGUUACAAAAAUCCUUGAGGAACAUUGAGAAAAAAGAUGUGAUGUUAGAGACAACAAAGAGACUAAUAACUGAACAAGAGAAACAACUCAGCAACAUGCGUGGAGAACUUAAUGCCUCUACCAUGGAGAAUCGGAACCUACGAAGAAAUCUAAACCAGCUGCAUGAAGAAGCCGAAGAUAAACGUGUCGAAUGUGAACUUCUGAACACAGAAAAAGACAAGCUGAUGCGUAUGCUGAUUGAGGUGGAAAUGGACAGCAAAGCUGCUACAAAGCAAGUCUCUGAACUGCAUUCUUCUAUCCGAAGGUUGAUGGAGGAAACGAAAUUGCCUCCAAUAGACACAAACAAAUUCACUCGUCAAAAGGACGCUGUGCUUAACAAACUUACAGCAUUUGAAAUGACCAAUCAGACACUUCGACGGAUGUUACGAGAUCGUCACACUGAAGAGGCUGACAUUCAAAGACUAGCAGAGCAAAAGGAUAUUCUCAUGAGACAACUACAAAGUGUUGAAAGAGAAAAGGAGAAAAUGACAGUUGCUCAACUGGAGAAUGAUAGAAAGAUUAUUGAACUGGAGAAUAAACUUGCAUCUCAAAAAGAUGAAAUGACAGCUUUAAACAGACUGCAGGGUUCACUGGAAAGUACUCGAGCUCAUUUACAGAGGCAACUUACUAACAAAGAGGCUGAUUGUAACAGAAUGUCAGUACAGGUUCAGACUCUUGAAAAGCAACUUGGACAAAACAAGAUUGACAUAGAACACAUGCAAGAAAUGGUGAAGCUUUCCAAAGAGAAGACUGAAAAAGACAAAGAAUCUCUUAAAAAAGCCACAAGGGUGUUGAAGCAGAGAGCUAGCCGUAGUGAGGAUGCUGUUGAACAAAUGAAUCUGCAGUUACUGGAUCGGGAGUCAUUGCUGGCUGAUGUGACAAGCAAAUUGGAUCAGUACAAAGGCCGGGUAGAAAAAUUAAACAAAGAGAAAACAGAAGCUCUGUCUGAGUGUUCGUCUUUGAAGAUGCAACUUGAUGAAUUGAAAAGCAAAUUACAUCAGAAAGAGGAGGACCUUUCGUCACAAAUCAGCAAACUGUCAAACAAAUUACAAGAAACAAAUUCAGAAUGCACAAAGAAAUCCUUGGAAAAUGAAAAACUGAAGUCUUCCCUGGUGACAUUUGAAACCAAAUAUAGUCAAGCAGAAAAUGAAGUGAUCCAAUUAAGAGCCAGCAUCAAACAAUAUGAAGAAAUAAUGGACGAAUAUAAAAACAGGAUGACCCAAUCUCGAAAAGAAGCUGAUGAUACAUUGGAACUAUUAGAGGAACAACAGAAACAAAGUAGUCGACUUCAUAGAGAAGGAGAAAUGGAAUUAGAAAAGGUGAAAAGACGUCUGCAGCAACGACUGCAAGAACUGGAGCCCCUUCCAGAGCUUCUGAAGAACACAGAACUGAAAUUGCAGGAUGCAGAUGAGAAAACCCGUUCAUUUGAAAGAAAGAAUGCAGAAAAUACCAAAAUCAUUGCAGACCUCACAUUGAAGAUGGAACGACUAACAGACUCAUACGAACAACUCAAAGACAAAUGCUACAGUGUUCAAGAAGAGAAUCGGAUGCAACAGAGUAAAAUUGACACUUUGGAAAGGAAAUUACGUGAAUCAGAAGAACAAAAUCGGGAACUGAUAAAUACAAUUUCCAAACGAGAAGACACAAUCCGCCAAAACAAUCUGCGUCUUGAAGAAAAGACCAGGGAGAAUGUGAGCCUCACCCACCAACUGGAGAAUUCAGUUGCUGACCUAAAACGUCAGACUAAUUGUGUCAGUGAUCAUAUUGUUUCAAAGGAGCGAUCAUCCCAAACAAAGAUUCUUGAACUGGAAUCCCAAAUGAGCCAAGCUCGAGCUGACAUUGCACGGGUGAAAAGAGAAAAAGAAGAGAAUGAACGAAAAUUCAAUUCUCGUCUAUAUGACCUGAAGGAUCGUUUGGAACAAUCCCACAGUACCAACCGAAGUAUGCAAAACUAUGUCCAAUUCCUCAAGACCUCCUAUGCCAAUGUCUAUGGAGAUAUAACAGGAACACAGUAUCGGUCAGGUCUGCCAUGA